UGUCAAUCGUGAUUUUGAGCCGAAUUGCACAAAAUAAACAGGUAACCAAAAGAAGAAACGCAAACAACGGAAAAUUCGUUUUCAUUUUAUUAGAACAAAAGAAAAGAAGCUAUCAACUUUUAGAAAUACUCGCCGGUCGAUUCUAAAUGAGUUUCGAUUUUUAUUACUCUAAAAGAUCUGACUUAAAGUCUUACCAACGAAGAGCGAAGAUCACGUUCCCAAACUUUUCAUUUUUCGGUAGAUAUCUUCGUCUCUCCUACCCGACAAAGAUGAAAGAAACUAAGCAAAGUUGUCGGUUUUCAGGUAUGCGAAUUGGGAAGGCGGCGCAUGGCCUCUUAUUAUGGCUUUUACCCAAAGCUUCCAAAACCUGCAUAUUUUUCAAGUCUCAAAUAUUCUCAACAUCAUCACCUCCAAUUCAAUCUUUAGCUCCUUAUUUAAUGAUGAUCAACUUGGUCCCAGACAAUCCACCAUCUAUUUUUCUUCUUUUUGUAUUGAUUUCUUCAAAAUGGAGAAUAGCAACAACGGCAGCUUCCAUGACCAAUUUGAACGUUGCUUCCAGGAAUGGAUCACCCAGCAACAUCAAGACAUGGAAGAGCUUCGUCAUGCAAUCAUGAUGGUCCCUAACACAGAUAAUAAUAACAACAACAGCAACAAGGACGACGUCGACGAGGCAGGCCCCGGCACCGGUGCCGACGAUCAGCAACUUUUCCGAUUCCUAGCUGAGAAAGGUGUCCAACAUUUUGAGGAGUACAUCCAGAAACGAGCUUUACUAGCAAGAGAAUACGCGCCCUCGUUCCUGUGCCCUUCCUGGUGCUCCUGCUUUGAAGGCUCUUUCCUUUGGAUCGGUGGCUGCCGGCCUUCGCUCGCGAUUCGGCUCGUUUACAGCCUUUGCGGAUCCGAACUGGGCAUCCUCAUCCACAACGGUGAUGAUAAUUUCGAUCAGCUCAUGGCUGUGCCGUUGUCGUCAUCUUCUUCUUCUUCCUCUGUUGAGAAUCGGAGCGGAAACUUGGCGGACAUCUCUUCAGGUCAGCUUAAUUUGAUCAACUCUUUGCACUUGAAAACUAUUGGUGAGGAAAGGAAGAUAGCUGAAAAGAUGGCCAGCUUACAGGAAGAGAUUGCCGACGAUCCACUGGCAAUGAUCGUGAAAAGAGCAAGUCAGGUUGGCGAAUCGAGCCGCAACGUGGAUGAGGUUUUAGAAGGCCAUUCACUGGCUCUGGGGCAUAUUCUGUUGGAUGCUGACAAACUGAGGCUGAAUACACUGAAAGAACUCUUCAACAUCCUUACGCCAUUGCAGGCAGCCAAUUUACUUGUGACCACCAAGAAACUUCACCUCUCAAUGCAUGAGUGGGGUAAAGAAAGAGAUCAACGGAAGAAGGAAAAGGGCAAUGGUCCAAAUCCAUAAUAUUUCCAGUUCCAAGCUACGAGAAAAGAUAAUGAGAAUAAAGUCUUUUUUUUUUUUUUGUUUUCUGGAUCGAUCAGAGUGUUGUUUAAAUCUUUGUUUUUCCAGCUUUCGGC